UAGCGACUCGGCGGGCCAGACCUUGCUACGUGGCUGAUCUUCCCCGCACUCGACGUCGAAUGGCCGUCCCGAGCCCGGUAUAUUAUGUGUGGUGAUGUGCUGUGCUGGACGGGUUCAAGAGGAUGUGAUAUCUACACGUGAACCUUUUUGGAAGCAGCCAUUCGCUGUAAUUAGACAGUAUUGAAUGCCACAGACACAUCAACACUUGAGCGGGAAGCCAUACAUCCUCGUGCCCCCUGAACCCCCUAUUAAUCGCCACCCGCCGAGGCCACCCACCCCUCCACCAUGGACCCCUCUCAGCGCGUCGUCAUCAUCGGCGCCGGCAUCGUCGGCGUCAACAUCGCCGACGAGCUGGUCUCGCGCGGGUGGACCGACAUCACGGUCCUCGAGCAGGGGCCCCUGAGCAUGCCGGGCGGCUCCACCUCGCACGCCCCGGGCCUGGUGUUCCAGACCAACGCGUCAAAGACGCUCACAAAGUUCGCCCAGUACACGGUGCAGAAGCUGCUCUCCAUCGGCUGCUUCAACCAGGUCGGCGGCCUCGAGGUGGCCGAGACGCCCGAGCGCCUGCGCGACCUCAAGAGGAGACACGGCUACGCCCGCGCGUACGGCGUCGAGGCCGAGUUGCUUUCGGCCCAGCAGUGCCGCGACCUCUACCCGCUCCUGGGGCCCGACGUCGUCGUCGGCGGCCUGCACUUCCCCACCGACGGCCUGGCGCUGGCGGCCAAGGCGGUGCAGGUGCUGAUGGAGCGGACGCGGGCGGCGGGCGUGCGGUACCUCGAGCACACGCGCGUCACGGGGGUCCGGCAGCAGGACGGGCGCGUGACGGGCGUCGAGACGAGCACCGGCGGUGGCGCCGUGGUGCCCGCGGACCUCGUGCUGUCGUGCGCGGGCUUCUGGGGCGUCGAGCUCGGCGCCAUGGUCGGCCUGCGCGUGCCGCUGCAGCCCAUGGGCCACCAGUACGCCAAGACGACGGCCGUGCCGGCGCAAAGGGGAAAGGGGCUGCCGGUCAACGGCGCGCGCCUGCCCAUCCUCAGGCACCAGGACAGGGACCUGUACUACCGCGAGCACGGGGAGCAGAUGGGCAUCGGCUACUAUGGCCACAGGCCCAUGCCCGUGACUGCCGCCUCGCUGGGGCCGACGCCGGCACACGUCGACGAGCACAACAUGCCGUCGCGCAUGGACUUCACCCCCGACGACUUUGCCGAGGCCUGGGACCUGAGCAGGCGGCUGAUGCCGUGCCUGGCCGACGCGGCCGUCGAGACGGGCUUCAACGGCGUCAUGUCCUUCACGCCCGACGGCGGGCCGCUAGUCGGGCAGGCGCCGCACCUGGACGGCUUCUUCGUCGCCGAGGCCGUGUGGGUAACGCACUCGGCCGGCGUGGCGCGCGCCGUGGCCGAGCUGCUGACGACGGGGCGGUCGUCGGUCGACCUGGCCGCCGACUGCGACGUCGCCCGCUUCGACGACGUCCAGCUGACGCCCGAGUACGUGACCGAAACCUGCACGACGGCCUUUGUCGAGGUCUACGACGUCAUCCAUCCGCUGCAGCCGCGCGACUCGCCCCGCAACCUGCGCGUCAGCCCCUUUUUCGCACGCCAGCACCAGCUGGGCGCCUACUUCCUCGAGGCCGGCGGCUGGGAGCGCCCGCACUGGUUCGAGGCCAACGCAGGGCUGGUCGACGCCCUGCCGGCGCCUUGGAAAGCGGGCGCGCACCGUGACCACGACCCCUGGGCCGCGCGCUUUCACUCGCCCAUCGUGGCCGCCGAGGCCUGCAGGACCCGCACCGCCGCCGGCCUGUUCGACCUGACUCCCAUCCGCCGCCUGCUCGUCUCGGGCCCGGGCGCGCUGGAGCUGUUGCAGCGUCUAUCGACCAGCGACGUGAGCAAGCCGCCCGGCAGUCUAACCUUCACUCUACUCCUGGACGAGCACGGCAAGGUCAAGAGCGACGUCUUCGUCGCCCGCCUGGCCACCGACUCGUUCCAGCUGUUCGUCAACGGCGCCGUCGACACUGCCUACCUCUCCCGUCAGGCACGGCUGCAGGCGCGGGCGCGGGCGGGCAGCUGGGCGCAGGUGCGCGACGUGACAGCAGGCACCUGCGGCGUCGGCGUCUGGGGCCCGCGGGCGGCCGACAUCGUGGGCGCCGUGUGCCGAGGCGGCGGCGGCGACCACCUAACCCCUCGCAAUACGGUCCGGCCGUCCGUCAUCGCGGGGGUGCCGGUGCUGCUCGUCGGCCAUUCGUUCGUCGGCGAGCCCGGCUUCGAGAUCUACGCGUCGGCCGACAACGGCCUGCGGCUGUGGGACGCGCUGUGGAGCGCGGGCCAGGCCCACGGCGCCGUGGCGGCGGGGCGGGCGGCGUUUGCGGCGCUGCGCAUGGAGGCCGGGUUCAGGACGUACGGCGUCGACGUGACGACGGAGCACGGCCCGCUCGAGGCCGGCCUCGCGUCCGCCGUCGACCCGGGCAAGCUGGGCUACGUGGGCUGCGGGGCCGUCGUCAAGGCGGCUCUCGCGGGCUCCAGGCCCGAGAGCGUGCUGCGGUGCCUGGUCAUGGACGACGCCAGGGAUGUCGUUCUGGGGAAGGAGCCUGUCUUUGUUGCGGGCAAGGCGGUGGGAUACGUCACGAGCGCAGCGUUUGGAUACACGGUUGGUAAGCCCAUUGCGUAUGCAUGGCUUCCAGGGGAUCUGCAUGUUGGCGCCGGCGUGGAGAUUGAGUAUUUUGGACGUCGUGUUUCAGCGACCGUCACAGCAGAGCCAUUAUUUAGUAACGAGGAGGAGGCAGCGCCUCCCAGAGCGCGCCUGUAAUUAUCUAAUCUGUACAAAUUUUAUCCGUUAGGAACCAAGAACUGACCCUG